CUUGAAUGGAAACUGUUUGUUAAAGAGUUUAGUGCCAUUUAACAUAAGGCAACGGCAUGACAUUUAUCGUGACCGUAGUUCUGCAGCACACCAUAUCGAUUCGAGCUGUUAUCGUCCGCAUCAGCUCAUUGUGCUUUUUUUUUUUUUGCCGCUUUUUAUAAUUCUUAUGCUUCAAACAUUGAACGAAAAAACGUAACGCUGAACGUAACAUUCGCAGUGUCGCAAGUGAGGUGAUACCAAAUAUUAGAGUUGCGUUACUUUUGAAUACGCGCUGAUAAAACUAGUGUAAUCAAUUCCCCCUACAAUGCUGGUAUUCAGUGUGCCGCAUACUCUUAGGUCGGAACAAUGACAAUUUGUCCAGUUUAGUCACGUAACUCUGAGCAUAUAGAAGAAAGAAAGAUAUACAUAUAAAUAUAAAAAAAGGGGAAUAAUCAUUUAUCGAUUCCAGUACUUGUUGGGCUUUCGAAACUUGUCUAGUGUGAUUUAAAAUAAAACGAGGUAUUUCUUGGCUCUCUUUACCUCGAUCUCUCUCGCACUACGAGCGUGCAUGUGUUGUAUUCUUCAUUAGUGCGCUGCGGAAAUUCAUCAAUUAAUUCAACCUUGAUGUGAUUCCUCUACCUCAACUACAUUCCAACAGAUUGUAAACGCUCGGUUCAAGAGGAGUAAGGAAAAAAGUGCAACAAAACAUCACACACACAGACACACACAAACAAAACACAUACGUGAAGCGCAGACAACGUUAUCAUCGUUGCUUCGCUCUUGGCCUGUAUUCCUUUUUUGACAAAUAAAGAAGUUAAGUCGGAUGGAAUGCAAAUGGAUUCGUGGGCAAAAUAAAUCAGAUCAAGAUGACAAUCGGUCCGGAUUUAUUGCACCUCCAUAUGAGGAGGAGAUCUUCGGUGCCGGAUAGCAAGAGUACGAAGAAGCCCUACUCCAAAUUGGACAAGCUCGCUCAGAGCAGAACGAUCAUGGAUAACUUCAGGAAGCUUCCGGCAUCCAUGCAAAACGUCUUAAAGAGAACUGUAUUCUGCAUAAUUCUACUGGGUUACUUCGUCUUCGUCAUCUACGGCGGACCAAUAACUAUCCUAUUAACCACACUCGCAGCCCAAGUGAAGUGCUUCUACGAAAUCAUCGCCAUAGCUUACAAGAAGCACGAUAUUAGUACUAUACCCAAUUUCAAAUACAUUGCCAACUACUUUUUAGUUUCUGCCAAUAUAUAUUUUGGCGGUGAAACUAUCAUCGAGUAUUUUGGACCAUUCAUUAACUUAGUGGAUACCCUAAACACUUUAGCUACAUACCACAGGUUCUUUUCGUUCUGCUUUUACUUCAUAGGCGUGAUGUGGUUUGUGCUUAGCUUGAAGAAGCACCAUUAUAGGAAACAAUUCUCUCUGUUGGCUUGGACGCAUGUUAUUCUUUUGGUGCUAGUGGUGCAAUCCUAUUUAAUUGCUAAGACUAUAUUCCAAGGGAUGAUCUGGUUCAUCAUCUGCAUCACUACAAUCACCGUCAACGAUAUCAUGGCGUACAUCUGCGGAAGAUUCUUCGGGAGGACACCUCUAAUAAGUCUAUCUCCGAAGAAAACUUGGGAAGGCUUCAUAGGUGCAGGGAUCUUUACGAUUCUUAUCACAUGUUCCUUGGCUUACUUCCUGUGCGGCAAUGAGUUUCUGAUCUGUCCGAUAGAGUAUCGCCAGAUUAAUUACGAGAUUGUCAAGAUAACCCAGUGCACGCCGGAUGACAUGUUCCAGUUGAUGGACUUUCCAAGGUUCGGCGUACAAAUGUACCCGUUCGUAAUACACGCUUUCUGGUUCUCAGUUUUCGGCAGUUUGGUGGCUCCAUUCGGAGGAUUCUUCGCUUCCGGCUUCAAGAGAGCCUUCAAAGUUAAAGACUUUGGUGACACGAUUCCUGGACACGGUGGAAUCAUGGAUCGAUUCGACUGUCAAUUAGUUAUGAUCACUUUCGUAAAUGUUUACAUAACUAGUUUCGUUGGUGGCAAUAGCGCCAACCGCAGCACUCAAGAUAUUUUUCAUAGAAUAUUAACGCUGCGCCCCGAAGACCAAUUAGAAUUAUAUUACAUGCUUAAAGGUAGUCUAGUGUCCAAUGGAAUUAGGCUCUAAAGAUCAAAAAUAAUUAUACUUAUUUAUUAAUUUAUUA